AUGAAGCAUAUGCAGUUGGCAGAAACAUCCCGAAUGAUCCCGAAUGACAAUGUGAUUGAGAUUUACUUCGAACACUUGGACUCAUAUUUCAGUAUAGAAAAUAUGGAUUCGGUAUAUAAAUCAAAUGCUAGAGAUAAUGACAAACAUCAAUUUGUGCGGAAAAAUUUAUCUAGUGAUGAUUUUAGUAACUCCGAAGAUGAUUUGUCUGAUGAUCUACUUAUUGAUAUACAUGAAAAAAUUGCAGAAAGUAUUAUAGAUGAAAGCGAGAUUCUUAGUGUCGAAGUGAAGAGAAAGAUGGUUGCUCCAGAAAGAGAAUCUGACUAUGGAGAUAAGCCAAUUUUAGCUCUGGAAAUUACUUUUGCAAGCAAGCAAGAUUUUAAGAAUGCAGUAGCUACUCAUGAGAUAAAUAAUGGAAAGUAUAUCAAGUGGAAGAAAAAUAAUAAAGAAAGAAUAAAGGCUGUUUGUAUACAUCCGGAGUGCGAAUGGAAAAUCAUGGCAUAUAAAAUGCAAAGGGACACGACGCUUCAGAUUAGGAAGUACAAACCUAAAUAUACUUGCAAGGAGUGGAAUUAUAAAAAUAGAACAAUAACAUCAUCCUUCAUUGCAAGAAAGUACCUCAAAGAAAUUAAAUCAAACAGGGGUUGGAGCUUACUUGAGUUCAGAGAUAGGGUGAGUGUAGAUCUACGAGCUAAAGUGACUUUAUCUCAAGCUAAAAGAGCUAAGAUGAAAGCUAUUGCGUUGAUUGAUGGUGAUAUUAAGGAUCAAUACAAAAUGAUGUGGGAUUAUUGCAUUGAAAUUGAUAGGACAAAUCCAGGCAGUACAAUUCACAUGAAGUUUACUGAUAAUGAGGUACCAAACAAGCCAUACAGAUUUCAGAGAAUAUACAUAUGUUUUGCUGCUUGUAAGCAAGGUUAUAAGGCUGGAUGUAGAAAGAUAAUAGGUGUGGAUGGUUGUUGGUUGAAAGGUCCAAUGUAUGGGACACAAUUGUUAUCUGCAGUCAGAAUUGAUGCUGAUUUAGACAUAGAUGCGAGUGGUUUGACCUUUAUGUCUGACAAACAAAAAGGUCUUAUUGAAGUUUUUAAUGAAGUUUUACCACAUGUUAGCAAUAGAUUUUGUGCGAGGCACCUUCAUAAUAAUUUUAAGAGAGCUGGUUUUAGUGGAUUCACAUUAAAAAAAGUAUUUUGGGCUGCUGCAAAGGCUGCUACUAUGGAAGAAUUUGAUGCUUGCAUGUUACGGAUGACAGAGUUAGAUACGAAUAUUGUUGCUUGGCUCAAUGACAAAACCUAG